AACCAGGUGUGCGUGAAAAGAGUUGAAAAAUGGCUCGUGAAGAACUUGUCCAGGUUGAGCCGGUUGAUGUGGUCGUCAGACUCAGGAGUAGAAGACGAGGACCCUGUGAUGGACUCCGACUCGGAGACGAGCAGCGGGGACGAGAUUUCUGACGAGGGGGAGGAAUACGUUAUCGAGGCGAUUCUCGACAAGCGAAUUGUCCACGGCAAGCCGGAAUAUCUUUGCAAGUGGAAGGACUAUGGGGAGGAGGAUAACACUUGGGAGCCGGGGGAGAAUUUAGACUGCCCUGAACAGAUUGAAGCAUUCGAGGCUGCAGGAAAUCCAGCCGCGCCCAACGCCGGACCAGAGUAGAAUUUUGUUCCUUUUCCAAAAUUAUUUAUUUGAAAUUGACCAACUGAAAUCUUUGACUUGUUGAUUUCUUCCAUUUUGGGUUUUUGAUUGUUGCAAUGUUUAAAUAAAUUUUUGAUACGCGUUUAAUUAA